UGCUGCUUGCCUCGCUGCUGUUGAGGGUCUUGCUUUAGUGCAUUAAGUCCAAAGCUACCAGCUGCUGUUAAUGACUGACUGAAUGUGACUGGAAUUGUUAUUUUGUCUCACCUCUCUCACAUUUGAAGCUUUUCUUCCAUGCUCCCAUAGCUUUUUAUUAAUGUUAUUUCUGGUUGAUCCUGAAUGUGUUUUCCCCUCAGGAGAAAAUCCUCCACAAACUCAUUAGCAGAGACUCAGAGGGUCUCUCUGUUCUGAUUUUCUGAUGUUUCCCUCUUAUUGUCUGAACUGUUUGGUUGUAAAGCAAAGUGUCUGUUUUUCCAUACAUGUAGAAGCAACUUCUAAAAAGGGUCAAAUCUGUUUCCUGGUUUGUUGAUGCCCAAAGAAAUAUUUCCAUUAUGAAUGCCUCGGCUCUUCUUGUAUGUUUGAUGUACAAUCUUUGUGGUCUGAAAUGUUUGAAGCUGAUCUAAAGGAAUGUUUUUAGGAAGAGUUUGACUUUAUUUCAGCUGUAUUUUCAGCAGAAAGACAUCACAUCAGUGUUCUCUCUUUGCAGAGCAAAUCUUUAUGUGUGCAGGCCACCAGCUACACUGGUUUGGAACCGCUCACACUUAUGUUUGGUCAGCAUCAGAGUUUCCAAGGCUCUGAAAUCUUUAGCAUUUCUUAGAUAUGAAUGAGAACGUCAACAUUGUGUUUGUGCUCCAGGGUCUGAACGACUCAGUGACGAACCGUCAGAUCUACUUUGUCUUCGCCCUGAUGUCCUACCUGGUCACCAUCUUGGUGAACCUGACCCUCAUCCUCACCGUGUGUCUGGAUAAAGCCCUCCACCAGCCGAUGUACAUCUUCAUGUGCAACCUGUGCUUCACUGGGUUCUGUGGAGCGUCCAGCUUCUACCUGAAGCUGCUCCUAGACCUUCUGGCAGACGCUCACCUCAUCACGUACACCGGCUGCUUGACGCAGAUGUUUUUCACUCAUAUUUACAUCCUCUGCCAGUUCACCAGUCUGACUGUCAUGGCGUACGACCGUUACCUGGCCAUCUGCCAGCCGCUGCGUUACUGGGCUCUGAUGACGGGUCAGAAGGUAGUGCUGCUGUUGCUUCUCACCUGGUGUCUGUCUCUGUUAGAAACAGCUGUAGGCAUUCUCCUGAUCGUCAGGCUAUCGUUCUGCAGCCACCGCAUGGCCAGGAUCUUCUGCACCAAUUGGGAGGUGGUCAAGCUGUCCUGCUCAGACACCACCACCAACAACUUCUACGGCAUUGUGAUUAUUAUCCUGCACAGUUUGCAGAUCAUAAUCAUUGUGGUCUCAUACGUGCACCUGGUUCGAAGUGCUACCCGUUCUCAGACCGACCGCAGGAAGUUUGUUCAGACAUGUUCUCCUCACCUCGCCUCGCUGCUCGUCCUCUCCUUCUCAGUGCUGUUUGACACUCUGUAUUCUCGUUAUGGUGGCAGCUCCAUGGCGGCGCUGCAGAACGUGCUGUCUGCAGAGUUCCUCGUGGUGCCGCCCAUCAUCAACCCCAUCAUCUACGGCAUGAACCUGCGUCACAUCAGGAUCCGGAUCCGCCUCUGGUUCACCACAGAGAACCCGCAGAGAAUGUUUUCAAAAUAACGUUGAGCCUGCGUUUGAUUAAACUUUAAAAUCCAGUAGAAAAAAUUAUGCAAUGUGUUUCCUGUGGUCAUGGUUCUGUUGUUUAAACCGAAAUAUGAGUGUUUAGAUCUCGAGUGUUUAUGUCUCCUCGAUACAUCUGUGCAUAUUAACUAGUCAGUAAGAAUAUAU